AUAAAUUUAAAUUUCAUUGUUCUCUUUACACUUUAGGGAAGUUUUUGACUUCUCCCCCCUUUCAAUUUGGUGCUCUCCAAAGAAAGUUCACUAAGCAGGAGCUUUCAACUCCAGCUGAUUGAAGUUCUCAUCUUUACUGCUGCUGUCAGGUUAUGCUGAGUGCUCUUUCUGACCCUGUUAAUAUAACAAUUAUGGAGUGCAAUAAAGAUGAAGCAACCAGGGCAAAGUUAAUAGCUGAGAGCAUGAUAGAGCAGAUGGAUUAUCUCGGUGCAAAGAAGUUAGCGCUGAAAGCUCAAGCUUUAUAUCCAGAGCUUUCUGGUAUUACACAGCUGCUGACAACCUUGGAUGUGUAUCUAUCUGGGGAGAAGAUAGAUGGAGAAGUAGAUUGGUAUCGAGUGCUAUGUGUGAACCCUUCAGAUGAUCACGAAACAAUAAAAAAGCAGUUCAAGAAGCUUGCACUAAAGCUGCACCCGGAUAAAAAUACUUCUGUUGGGGCAGAUGGCGCAUUUAAACUCAUUUCAGAAGCCUGGAAUUUGCUAUCCGAUGAAGAAAAGAGGGUGGCAUAUAACCAAAGGAGGGGAUAUGGGGGAGUCCAAAAGACUGUCCUAACACAAACCAGUAGUUCAUCAGCACCGUGUGGGGCAUGGAAGCAUGCACAUACUCGCCCAAGGCAACAGAAUGUUCCGUCAGCAUCACCCCCCAAAAAGUAAAAAGAAAGCUCCAUCUGUACUAAGUCAACAGAAAGUUCCAUCUGCUUCACCCCGGAAAAGAAAAAAGAAAGUUCCAUCUGUACCAUCCCAGCCAAGUCAACAAAAUGUUCCAGGACACACUGGAGGUCCUUCAGCCGCUGCACAUACUGCUGGUCCUUCUAGUUCAAAUUCUACCUGGAAGUCGCGGAGUAAAACUGCAAAGAAGGCCAGGACUCAAAAUCCGGCUUCCUACCAUGUUAGAUCCGAUACCCUUUGGACUGUCUGCCGUGGAUGCAAUAUGCAUUUGAGUAUCUUAAGAUGUAUUGCAACUGUACUCUUCUUUGUCUCAAUUGUAAUAAGCCAUUUAUGGCUUUGGAGAUUGCAACACCGGUAUUUUCCAAAUCAGCCAAACCGGUUCCUUGGGUUCGACGAGAGAUAUCAAACACAAGUUUCCCUGUUCAAAAUGCUUGUGAUCCUAAAGGAAAAGCUGUAGCUGCUGAAAACACAAUAGCAGGCCAAACCGCUCCCAGUUCUUUCGUGCAUACGAACUAUCAGGGAUCCCUUUCUGAAACAGCUAAUACGGGUCAACAUUCAGAAUCAGGCCAAACCGGUUCCAGUUCUUUCGUGUAUACGAACUAUCAGCAAGGACCCCUUCCUGAAACGGCUUAUGCUGAUCAAAAUGCUUUCGAUCCUAAUGGCAAUGCUGCAGCUGCUAAAAACCCAGGAGCAGGACAAACCGGUCCCUGUUCUUUCGUGUAUACAUACAAUCAGGAGGGACCCCUUCCUGAAAUGGAUUACACGGCUUAUUCUGGUAAAAAUGGCUUUGAUUUUAAUGGAAAUGCUGCAGCUGCUCAAAACCCAGGAUCAGGCCAAACUGGUCCCAUUUCUUUUGUUAGGAAAAAAUAUCUCUGUUCACAUCUAUAAUAGAUGAACCUCUUGUUGAGAGAGGGCAUCUGGUAGAAGAUCAAGUGUGUUGAUCGGUAAAGAUACUGUGGCCUCCUACGGAGGAUUUAAUUGAGAUUACGUUAGUCUUUUCUUUCAGUUAUUUAGUCAAACAGUUGGUAGAGUUGUUUUUUUCGAUUCAAUAUUUUAUUAAGUUCCUUUUAUUA